AUGGAGAAACCUAUGCCACAAGGUCUUAAUCCAUCGCGAAUCACAAAGCUACUCUCUUCCAACGAUGCUCCUACUGGUCCCGAACGUGCAAUACUCAAGACCGUCGCUCUUAAGGGCGCCGAAUACCUCUCAGUCUUACAACAGCGCAUUUCCUCAACAAGAGAAACCCUAUAUGCUCUUCUCGAGGAGCAGUCCCGGCAGAUCAAAAGCGUUGUGGAUGCCAAAGAACUCUUGAAUCCCAUUCGCAGACUACCGGAAGAUGUACUCCUAAAAAUCUUCACUGCGUGCAUCCCAACCCGCAUCGAGGAAAUGAUCUACGCAUCACCUGGCGAGUUUGACUCACUUGAUGUCAAGAACGCGCCGUGGGUGUUGUCCCAGGUCUGUGCGAGUUGGAGACGUACCACACUGGCGAAUCCAAGGCUAUGGUCAUCCAUUAGCCUGGUGAUGGACAAGUACACGAACCACAUGGGAUGCAUCUUCCGCUUCGGCAUUCUGCUUGCCCGAACGAAGACACAUCCCCUCAUGGUCUGCAUCGAUGCUAAUGCCGACAUCGCACUCCACCCUCUUCUUGCGAUGGUUUUGCCAACGUCGUCACGAUGGUCUAAUCUGAGUGUCACGGCUCCGCUGCGUUCCUUCCUCCCAUUUAAUAACAUAUCACAUGCUUUACCUCUGCUCCAGCUUCUAGAUAUCCGUGUGACUGGCCAGGAUUCUUCCGAGGGAGGACUCGAAUCCACCCGUAUCGUCCAUGGAUUCCAACACGCGCCCAACCUCUGCCGGCUUAAUCUGGAUCUGAAUUCUCAAGAGCUCCAUCCAUUCUCGCGGUGGUUAGUCUUACCGAUGGACUCAGAAAAACUUUCCCGGUUGAAUGCCUUCACAACACCUUUCGAUGCAGCUUCUCUCCUGAAUUGGCACGGGGCAAAGAACGCGAAGGAAUUUUGCCUCGCGAUGCUCAACUAUCCACCCCAACUACAACAACAAGUUGAAGUCUCAACAAUCAGACACGCUUUGCUACAGAACCUCAGUGUCACUGAAUCGGCGUCGGAAUCCACCCCGGGCUCUAUUGCGGAGCUUGUAUCACAUCUCCGUCUACCUGCUCUGCAAAAGUUGACGCUCAUCUACAAAGAUUCGACCAUUUUCUUGCCGGCUAUAGACCAGCAUACCGCCCCUCUGUUGACAGAUCUCGAGAUCUUAUCUGAUCCUCCUACCACACUAGACGAAAAUUCAGUUAUCGAAAUGCUGAAGUGGACCCCGAGACUAAGGCAUCUUGAGCUGGCAGUGAAGUUUAUGACACCCAACGUUUUUAUAGCUCUUGGGGACGUCGAGGAUGGAGCCUUUAAACUGAUUCAUUUUCUAGAAACUAUCUCUUUAAUGGGCGCCCAGUUUCAGUUUGACGACCAUGGUCGUGUAAUUACUGACAUGGUUGAGGCUCGAUUUAGCGCAGAAGACGAAGACGAAGCUGGGCCAUUCUUCGAGGAGAUAUAUUUGGAUGAGGAGGUCGGAGAUGAGGAGAGAUGGGAAAAAUUGUGCCAUGGCGGCCUGAAUGUAUUUGUUAUAGCAUCGUGACGAGGGUACCGAUCAAUAUUUAUUGUCGCAUGUACGUAUGCGAGAUUUGGAAAGAUGUCAAAAGCUCAUGCUGGUAUACCCUCUACAACAUGAUUCUACGAUCAUUCCUUCAUUGUCA